UACUUUAAAUGGCCAUAGAGAGGAAUAUAUUAAAAAUACACCUUUUGGUUAUAUUUCUCUCUAUAGCGACUGUUGGUCUUGUAACGUUGAACAACGUCCGAUAUCGUAUGUUAUUUUAAAAACACUCUGGAAUUUAUCGUCAGAUAAAUCUGUUGAAUUCGUUGAAAACGAUUUUAAAAAUGAUGAUAUUGAAAAUAUUAUAACCAAGCAU